AUGAAAAAAUUUUGGAAUUUCAUAUGUUGCACAUUAGAUUCAGAAGAAGAAUAAAUAAUUGAAGAAAAGUAAAUAACAAUAAAAAAAGAAGAUAAAACCACUUUAGAGCUUUUUGGUAAUUUUGAUACAUAAAACUAUAUGCUGGUAAGGAUGACUCAAAAGAAUUUUUUUGUUGAUUUUUCAAUGAGAAAAUCAAAAUUAACAGAGUAGAAUCCCUUAUCAGUGUUUAUAUCAUAUAUUGAUAAAGAUGUGAAAUAUGAAUAAGAUGAAUAAAGUUAUUUAAUACCAGAAAAAGUGUUAUAAUAUAUAGGUAGAAGAAUGAGAGAAGUUAAACCAUCCUUUAUUGUAGAUGGUUACUCUAGAAGUGGUAUUAAUGCAAUUUAGUUCUCAUCUGAAACCAAUACUUUUGUUUUAGGUAAUAACUUUUCAAUUUAACAAAUAAAAAAUGCUAUUCAUAAUACUACUAUUUGUAAUUUAAAUUAAAAAUGUGAAUUUCUCUAAUCAAAUUUACCUAAAUUGCCAAUUAUUUAAAAUGAUAUCUUUUUCAUCUAACCAGACUAUUUAAUUAUUGAUGAUAAAUUAUCUGUUAAUAAUAUAUACCCUUCAAUAUCAGAAAUUUUAGAUUACUUUUUAAUCUGGAGUAAAAAUUUGAUUCUUGUAUUACCUAUAUAAAUUGAUCUUCAAAUCUUUUGUGAAGUCUUUUGUUUAAAACUAAAGGAAAAAAACUUAAAUCAUCUAAUAAUUGAAAUUCAAAGAAUCCAAAUAGAUGGUGAAUUACAUUAUUACUUUAUUUAUUUUGGAGAUAUUGCUGCUAUUCAAACAUAAGAUGAAUAUAUUUUAAUGACAGAAAUGACAUUAGAAGAUUCCAAUUAAUAAAAUUUAUUUAAUCCCACCUACAUAUUACUUAAAAACAUUGGAUACACCACUAAUUCCAGAGAAAUUAUGAAUAUUUUAAUUUACUCUAAAUAAAUGUCAUAAUAAGAAACCACCUUAUAAAUACUUAUAAAUCAAGUAAAUACUAUUAUUAAUUUUAUCAUCUUAGUUACUUUAAAAAGGAUUUACAAAUGAAUAAACAAUCAAAUAAUUGUUUGCAGAUGUCGAUGUUUUGUAAGCUUCUACACCUAAAUACAAUCAAAUUCAAGUCUAAGAAAAUACAUUUGGAUAAGAUUCAUAAAUUAAAUAAUACUAUGAAUAGUAGAAAACUUAAAAAAAUAAAAAAACAAAAAAAUCUCAAUUUAUAUCAUUUAACAUCCCAAGUGAAUGA